UGUAGUAAAAUCUAUUUGCCCUUAGAGUAAAAUCAUAUUUUUGACACAACGAUCAAAAUUAAAACCAAUUGAAACGAGCUUCCUCGUCAUCGCCCAUGUUUACCCAAGUGUUCCUCUCAAUUCAAAUCGCUUAAAUUUCCAAACUCACCUCCUCAAAACAUCACUCGGCAAGACUGUCUGUCUCAAAGUAGGUAGUCAGUACGCCGCCUGCUUCGUCGAACGAUGCGCUAAAAUGUUCUCUCUAAUUCGAUCAAUUUUGACACUUGCCCUGCUAACCCUCCACGUGACCCACUCCCACCCAAUCAUCAACGGCGUCGAGGUUCCCCGCGGAUCAUCAUGGCCAGCUGCGUCGUUUAGCUUCGCCGUGUCGCUGCAGAGCGUUCCACUCAAGAAAGCAGGAGCUCCUCCGACGCACUUUUGUGGCGGAACGUACCUCGGUUCCGGGUGGAUCGUAACGGCCAACCAUUGCGUGAUCGGUUUCCAGAAUCGAUCCAUUUACGCGUACAUUGGAGGACGAGCGUUGAACGAAAGUCGAGAAUCGGCGCUGUAUAAGGUGGAUCGCAGAGUUAGCCAUCCGGAUUUUAACCGAGUGACGCUGGCCGCCGACAUUGCGCUGCUCCACGUGCGACCGACCGCGGCGGAACAACCCAACCUCGGCGGGCUCGAUGACGACGUUCACGUUACACUUUUAUUACCGUCCAGGCCGGUCAACCGGCCGGCGCAGUCCAAUCUUAACCUACUUAACCUAGAAAGUCAAAAUGGCGGCGACGAAGACCAAGAAGAGUGUCACAUUUUCGGGUACGGAUCGGCCAGCUUUUACGGUCCCGGCAGCGAUACGCUGCGUUACGGGCCGCUCCAGCCGCUCGGGUACGAGCAGUGCGUCGAACGGCUGGGACCGGUGGUGGCCCCGGCCACUCCCAACUGUGGAAUGUUUUGCGCGAUUGGGUUCGCCGAUGCGUGCAGGGGAGAUUCCGGUGGCGGAUUGGUGUGUCGUCGGAGGUUGACCCUGGAACAGGUGCUUAACGGAGAGAGCGAGGAUCAAGUGCGGUCGCCGUACACGCUGCGUGGGAUCAUUUCGUACGGGGCCGGUUGUGGUGCUCCGGCGUCGCCGGGAGUUUACACCGACGUGGGGUUCUUCCGGCGGUGGAUUGAUCAGUAUGUUGGAGGAUCCAAACUAUAAACAACACUCUGACGCAGAUGGAAACCAGCGCUGGACUGCGAACGCCUUUCGAAGGAACCUCGCAUCCCGGUCCCUCUUAUCAGUUCGUUCCCGAGUCCAAGGCGUCCACUUUCCUGUACAAAUUCUCACAUUUAGUAUAUUUGCACACAGUUUAUCAACCAUCGACAGCACUCACAGUAGGCCGGCCACACCACCACCUCCAGCGCAGACGCUGGAAUUCGUUACGAGGUUAAUCAGAGUUUACUUCGAUUAUGUUAAUUUUAAUAUGUCGCGAAAAGUUGGCGCGACGCGCCGCCGAGCCUUCCCAAUUAAUUAAGGAAUGCGGUCCCUCCGCUCCCCCCCUCGAAUAAAGUGCAAAAAAUAAAAAUAAUACACAACACGGGAA